AAGUGCGGACAGCGGUGCGGACGGACGCUCAGCACACAACCGGAGGGGGGGGGGGACCCAUGCAGGCAAAUAUGCUGUUCUGUAGACUCACCGGGUUCACGCUGCUGAUCGGAACCGAAUCGCAUCAGCGUUACCGAGCGGACCUUUACGCACGGUCAUACAGCAGGACCGCCUGAACGGAGGCGUGAAGGAAGGGGAAAAGUUGAACGCGGUAACGGGUUUUGUAAUGGAUAAAGGCUCGACAAAGGUCUCUAGAUCCAAAUGUCACCCCCCUUGGACUCUGCCCCGGUCGGGGACCAGCAGUGUGUGACGGACAGGCGAGUGGAGCCUGUGGUGGCUCUCUACUGUGUGGCUUCAAAUUGGCCCUGGCUGAGCACUGCAUGGAGCUACGAGUGAAGAGUCCUGCUAUGGUCUGAUGUCUCAGCAUGGAUGGAGUCAGUCAGAGGACUGGCCACCACUAAUGAGACCAUCGCUCUUCAGCUGAGGACUAGCAUUUACAGGAUUACUCCCACGGUUUCCUGCUCUUUUCCCAGCUAACUGCAUCAUUUCUGAACUCCCCUAGGUGGACUUUUCAUGAGUCUAGUUUUUUGUGGAUAUAUUACGUCACUGCCUUUCUGAUUUUCAUAUUUGUUUUUUCCCAACCCAGUUUUUUUUAUUGUUGGUUUCCAUUUUCCCGUUUUGCUUUUCCACUAUGGAGUUUCUGGCUGGACCUUGGAAUAAAGAUUGGGCUUCAUUCUUGCAAUUUUGGUUGACUGUCAUCCUAAGCCUCCAAAUGCAAUUCAGCCCGGGUGCCUCUUGCCCGGAAGAGUGUCGUUGUGACAAAUUGUUUGUGUACUGCAAUGAACGCAGCCUGACAUCAGUGCCUCUGGGGAUAGAGGAGGGCUACAAGGUCCUCUACCUACAUAACAACCAGAUCAACAGUGCUGGCUUCCCUGUGGAACUUCACAAUCUGGCCUCUGUGGAGACGGUCUUUCUCUACGGCAACCAGCUGGACGAGUUCCCCGUUAAUCUGCCCAAAAACACCAGGGUCCUGCAUCUCCAGGAGAACAAUAUCCAAACAAUCUCUAAGGCAGCCCUGGCCCAGCUGACUCAAUUAGAGGAGCUGCACCUUGAUGAUAACUCCAUCUCCACAGUGGGGGUGGAGGAAGGGGCCUUUAGGGAGGCAGUAAGCCUCAAACUCCUCUUCCUCACCAAGAACCACUUAAGCAGCGUUCCCAUUGGUCUUCCCGAGGACCUGAAGGAGCUGCGGUUGGAUGAGAACCGCAUCGCUGUCAUUGCAGAGGAGGCCUUUCAGAAUGUGACACGUCUGCAGCGCCUCCUGCUGGACGGGAACCUGCUGACGGAUGAGGGCAUUGCGCCAGGGACCUUCCAGGACCUUGCCAACCUCCGUGAGCUGGCCCUGGCCCGCAAUUCGCUCACCUUCCCCCCUCCCCUCCUGCCCAGCCAGUCGCUGGUCAAACUCAGCCUGCAGGAGAACCAGAUCGACCAGAUCCCUGUGGCCGCCUUCGCCGGCCUAAACAGGCUGGAAAAACUGGAUAUCUCAAGCAACCAGCUUCAGACUCUGACACAGGGUGUGUUCGAUGGCCUGUCGAGCCUAAGGCAUCUCAUGGUGCGCAAUAACCCGUGGCGCUGUGACUGUGCGGUGAAGUGGGUGGUGGUGUGGCUCAAGUCUCUGCCUUCCUCCAUCAACGCCCGAGGCUUCGUGUGCCUGAGUCCAGACAAGGUGCGUGGCAUGGCAAUCAGAGAGCUCACGCUGGAUAUUAUCGAGUGUCCGGUUGAUGUCGAUCAGCCGCCCUGGCCCACCCUCCGCUCUACACCCCCUCCCCCGCCCACCACCACCCCUGUCACCACCAUGAUCUCUACCGUCAUCACCACAUCCAUCCCUUACUACUUUGACUCACCCUCCCCUCCCUUACCCCCAAUCCAUAACAACCCUCCUGGGCCCCUGCCUCCAUACGAGGACCCCCUUCAGAUCUCCUUCAACGUGGUCAACUCCACCAACAUCGAGGUGAGCUGGGAUUCCUAUUUCACCGUCACAGCUUACAAGGUCACUUGGGUCAAAAGGGGCCAAACCCAAAUAAACGAAGGAAUGCGGGAGCGGACGGUGAGCGGUGGCCGGCGGCACAUCAGCCUCACCAACCUGGAGCCCCGGUCCAUGUAUCGGAUCUGCGUGCACGUUCUGGACACCCUUAACUCCUACAGGCCCGGAGAGGAUACUAUAUGCUCCGAGGCCAGGACCAAGCCUGCCUUGUCUACUAAGCCCCCCGGCAGAGACCAAGCUCCUCAGGAGAGCAUCAACUCCACACUGCUCAUGGCUGGGAUCAUAGGUGGGGCAGUUCUUCUCAUCCUGGUAACGCUGCUCAGCUUGUUCUGCUGGCACAUGCACAGGAAGAGCCGGUCGUCUUCGACAAAGUGGAAAUACAACCGGGGCAGGAGAAAAGACGACUACUGUGAGGCUGGAACCAAGAAGGAUAACUCCAUUCUGGAGAUGACUGAGACCAGUUUCCAGAUAGUGGCGCUGAACAAUGAGCAGCUGCUCAAGGGAGAUUUCCGCAUUCAGCCCAUCUACACGCCCAACGGGGGCAUUGGAUUUAGAGACUGUCACCUCAGUAACAACAGUAUAGCCUACUGCAAGAGCAGCAACGUGCCCAGUACAGAGUUCUGCCACACGUGAUGCAGCAGCAAACAGUACAGCGGCAUUUAUACAUACACACACACACACACACACACACACGCGCACACACACACA